AAACAAUAAAUAAAAAACAAAAAUUCCAUCAUCCCCUAUAUAUAUAGCCUAUAAACUCCAGAAACUUUGUGCUGAGUGUUAUACAGACAUUUCUGAACAUCCAUCACACGCAAGAUCCAAAAAUGGCUUUCAUGUACAUGUUAUUUGGACUCUUGGCUGCUGCCACACUUUUUAACCCAACCGCCUAUGGUUCAAAUUUCGGACAAGUCAGCAGCUUUCAAGGUUCACAAGGAUAUGGAUAUGGUGGAAUUCCUGGAAUAGGCGGUAUCGCCAGCAGUAUUGGUGCUGGUAGUCUAGGAAAUGGAAUCAAUGUAAUCGGUGGAAUCGAUGGUGCCGGUAUUUCUGGAUAUCCCUAUGGUGGAUAUGGAGGAAUAGGGGCCGGUUUAACUUUCCCAGGUUACAGCUUUGGAUAUGGUUACCCAGGAAUAGGACAGUCACAUUUCAGUCAACUAUCCCACAUACCAGUCACCACCCAUCAAGUCCAACAAAUACCUGUUGUUAACACCCACUCCGCCAGCUACCACCCGUUCCCAGUCUACCCACGCCCCCAGAGACCUUUACUUGGCAUUGAUGAAAUGACCGUCUUGAACAUCAACGCACCCAUUUUCAAAAAGGAAGGAGGAUACUUCUACCAGAACAGUCCUUCCUACAGUAGCUAUCCCAUAUACAAGACCUAUCCACAAUACCACUACCCACAAACCUACCACCAUUCCCAUACCACCCACCACUCCAUCGUACCCUACUAUUAUGGACAUGGAGGAUAUGGAGGAUACGGAGGAUAUGGAGGAUACGGUCAUGGAGGAUUUGGAGGAUACGGUCAUGGAGGAUUUGGAGGAUACGGUCAUGGAGGAUUUGGAGGAUACGGUCAUGGAGGAUAUGGAGGAUACGGUCAUGGUUUUGGUUAUGGUCAUGGUCAUAGUUAUUAUGGAGGUCACAAUGGCUAUCCUUAUGGAGGUUAUGGCCACCACUACGGAUAUCCCUACUAUGGUCAUGGUCAUUAUUAAUUCAAAGCGAAACUGGAUCGAGCUGAAACAAGCUGCAGGGUUGCUGAUGUACUUUGCAUUCUAACUACCAUCAAACAAUGACUGAAAGAAAAAAAAACAAAACAAAACAAACCCUAUAAAUAAAUAGAUAAAAAUCCUGACACAACAACAACAACA